UUUGGAAUUCUUAUGAAAGCAGAUUGUGAUUGUCCUGCGACUGCAGCUGUUCGAUAACGAUAAGCAAGCGAGAGUGCAGUGACGGAGUGUUUUGAAAAUAUAUAUUGUGGUUGCUUUGUUCCAUACGUGAAACAGUGCAUUUUCAAAUGAUUAUUCUUAGAAGAAAGUGCUAUUCUUGAAGUGUUUUUCGAUUAUUGCAAGUUCCUACGUCGUAAGAAAAACCAUAAUGGAUUUCAAAACAGCCGCUUAUCACAUUUUCAACUCUGCACGAAAUGGAAAUCUAACACGAUUAAAAAUGUACCUGCACAGCUGGCGUUCAGACGAGCUCAGCAUGUUGGUGGGGGCGAAGGUGACGGGUGCUACGCCCCUAGUUAUCGCCUGUCGCAACGGACACUACGACGUCGCUGAAUACCUCAUAGAGAGGUGCAAGGCUGAUAUUGAACAGCCCGGGUCGGUGACAUUUGAUGGGGAGACGAUAGAGGGUGCUCCGCCCCUGUGGUGCGCGGCGGCCGCUGGUCACAUGCCGCUAGUGAGAUUGCUGGUGAGAGCUGGUGCUAACGUCAACUCAACCACCCGUACACACAGCACACCGCUCAGGGCAGCAUGCUUCGAUGGGCACUAUGAUAUAGUGAAGUUCCUCGUUGAGAACGGUGCCGAUAUCGAGAUAGCAAAUCGUCACGGUCAUACCUGUCUCAUGAUAGCCUGUUACAAGGGUCACAUACAGAUAGCCAAGUAUCUGCUGUCGCUGAACGCUGAUGUGAACAGGAAGAGUGUGAAGGGGAACACGGCAUUACAUGACUGCGCCGAGAGCGGCUCGCUGCAUAUACUGAAGAUGUUACUCGCCCAUGGCGCUACGAUGGACGUUGAUUCGUAUGGCAUGACACCGCUACUGGCUGCGUCAGUAACCGGUCACACUCACAUAGUGGAGCUCCUCAUCAACAUAGAACACGGUCUUGUGACGAGGCAGGAACGGAUAGACGCCCUGGAACUCCUCGGCGCCACUUACGUUGAUAAAAGGAGGGAUAUGGUUGGAGCUUUGGCGCUAUGGAAACGGGCUAUGGCAUACAGGUUUCCAGACGACGAUCGUGAACCUAUCCCCAAGCCGAAAGACGUUCCCCGUAUAGAAGCUUACGAGUAUGCAGUGGAGCCCGGCGAUGCUCGCCAGUUGGAGGAAUUGCUGGCCGACCCUGACGCCAUGAGGAUGCAGGCCCUCGUCAUACGCGAAAGGAUACUCGGCCCCGCCCACCCGGACACGUCAUACUACGUCCGUUACCGAGGCGCGGUGUACGCGGACGCGGGUCGUUUCGGUCGCUGUCGUACUCUGUGGCACCACGCUCUGGACAUGCAGCGAGCUGUCCUCCCCCCCCUGUCUCCCCUCACCCAGUCCAGCUUGUACAGCUUCGCGGAGUUGUUCUCCUACAUGCUGGCUGAAAGGACGAGACCGCCGCUUAGAGGUCGAAUAGUUCCUCCGGUGACGUUCGAGGACAUAGAUCCAGUGUUCGUGAAAGCGUUGUCGGAAAUACACAGGGGCAUGGAGUUACUAGAGUCAAAAUUAACUAUCGACAGGGAGCAGACACUUGUGACGUUACAGCGAGUGCUAGUUAUAUCUCUACACCUUGCUGCGCUCAUGGCAAGACUGCUGGAGGAGCCGGGGUGCACCGACGACGUCUCCAGGAAGAUACAUAAGGCUGUUUACUCACUGGUUAAAUUAGACAUUAAGGUCCGUCAAGGUCGCUCAGCGCUCCACGUGGCGUGUUCGUCUGAGGCAAGCCGCGGGCGGGGCGGGGCGGAGGCGGCGAGCUCGUGGACGGCGGAGGCUGCGUGUCCCGCGCUCGUCGCACUCAUGCUGCGGCUCGGAGCGUCGCCGGACGUGCGCGACGCGGACGGAAACACGCCCUUACAUCUAGUCUGCAAGCUAAACCCGUGCCCUGCGGAGGUGGUUCGCGAGUUAUUAUCUCACGGAGCUCACAUAGACACGGUCAACUAUGAAGGUCAAACUCCUGAGGAGAUAUUAAAAUCCACCCAACAGACGCUCUCGUCCAUAGUGAACCCAUUAAAAUAUACGACGCUCAAAUGUCUCGCCGCGCGCACUGUUAAGAAUUACAAACUACCCUACAGACAUGUUGUGCCGCAGUGCUUACACUCGACUAUAAUUACUCAUUAAUAUUAAUAUAAAAUAUAAACGUUCAUUUUUAUUUGGAAUAGAACCGUUUUUUAUUAGAUAUAUAUAUAUUUUUUUCUAGUGUUAUUUUUUUUCGCCUAUGUGCCAGGUCUGCCGAUUUCAAUGUAUCACUAUGCAGUAUUAUCUAAAACAAUAUCGGUUUUAAAACCUAUAAUUUAUACAUUACUUGGAGAAUUUUUAUCUUUAUAUAUUUUGUACAUAAUUUUUUUUAUAUAUAAAUAUAUAUCUAAGCAGUAUUUCUACAUAUUGAAAAUCACUAGUGACAAAUCUUACGAUAAUGUUGUAUAUUGAUCUAUAUAAAAGUUUUGAUUUGAUGAUAACACAAUAGUCUCUGUAAUAACGAAUUUAUUGUAUAGAAAAAAAUAAUUAACUGAGUUUGAAUAAAGAAUAAAAUGUGUAUAUGUAGAUUGAUAAUUAAAAUACAAAAUUUGUUAAAUAAAUUAUGUAGCGAACGAACAUGUGAUAGACAAAGAAAUAUUGAUGUUUUAAAAUAAUAAAUUUCUAUUUAAAAUAAGAUUAUAAAUUUCUAUAGUAUAUUAUUUACGGCACGGCAUCAACUAGUCUUCGUUUUAAAUAUAAACCGAUUCCUCUCCGCAUAUAAUCUGUUGUAAACUUGAGUAACUCGAUCAGAUUUUAUUUAACAUUUCAUUGACAUCAGGAACAAAUAAAACUAUUUAGUUAACUAUGGAAUGAGUAACUUGUAAAGUAUAUGUAAGUAGGUAGAUAUAAAUUACUGUAUAUUUUGUGACAUAUAGGUAUAUAGACAGCCAGCUGGUGUUCCGUUUGGGCGUUAUAAUAAAACAUUUAAUGACUGUUCAUUCAAGUUGAUAUCUAAAAAUGUAUGUCAGUAAUAUUAUGGAAGCCCGUCGCUAUCUGUGUGUAUUAUCUCAUAGUAUAAUGAAUUAGAAGUACUGCGUGAUUAUGUACUAGAUAUUUUUUGAAAUUAAUAAAAUGCUUUAAAAUAUUACAA